GCCAUAUCGACGGUGUUGAUUCGGGUGUUGUUCCGCCAGAAGGGGAGUGAAUGAAGUGUUUACGAAGGAGAAUUCCCUCGACGUGUGGCAGCGGCCGCCUGGCCCGCCCACAGGGGCUGGGGACGAGAGCGGAGGCAAAGCAGCGCCUCGCCAGUGUUCCCGAAGACGCGGCGAAGGUUGGCUGUCGCACCUCCUCUCCCCGCGGGAUUUGUGUCAUGUGCCUGAGAUUUGCUCUGUCCUGAUCGCCGAAGCGCUGCAUGAGCCGACAGUGGAGUGCCAGUCGACGAGACGGUGAGCGCCGGCGGAGAGAGCUCGGCCGGGGACGUCUGGGCCGCUGAAAUAGGGGAGGCUGGGAGACCCAGUUCGGGGCCGGAGUGGAGCCCUACGUGAUGGGCGCGAUCGGCGAGGCGUAUUUUUAACCCCGAAGAUCCCUUGCGUCGGGGUGUGAUGCACCUCACGCUAUGAGAGUGAGCCAGCGGUCAAGAUGAUGAGCCUGGACAUGGUUACAGGGGAAAAGUCACUAAGGUACGUGCUGCCAGAAUGCACCGGGAUGAAUUGCAUCGAUGACGUCACGCUCUGACGUCACGCAUCCGGGAUCCGCGCGACUAGGCGAACGGUAAAUUUCAACGGAAAAUCAGAGAUGACGCAAACCUGUAAGCAGUGCUGCCACGAUGCUGACCUGUCCCAACUGCCACCAUGUCCUGGCGGCUCACUCCUGCUGUGGCCUCAACCUUGCUGUCCCGUCGGCCACGUUCCCGCCGUCGGCGCCGUCGGGAGCCUCCGUCGCGUCGGCGGCCGCGCUCGGCACGCGCCUGGGGCCCUCCGGGGGGGGCGUGCCGCCCUCGCUCAGCGUCAGCGCCCCCCCGCAGCCGCAGGCGCUCGCCACGCCGCACGUCAGCGGCCACAUGUUCCACUUCCCCACGGCGUUGCCCAUGCCCGGCCUGCCCGCCUGCCACAGCGCCUGCCACGUCGCGUGCCACGCCAGCAUACACACGCCUUGCCUGAACCCCUGUCGCUCGCCGUGGCAGUGGCCAGAUAGUGGCGGUUCCCUGCCGGGCGCUGCCAUGGCCGCGCGCAUGCACACGUCCGGCGGAGGCAUCGUCGACGAGGGCGCCAAGGCGGCGGCGGCGGCGGCAGCGGCGGCGGUGCACGCGAACGGCGUGGGCUGCGACUGGACGGCGUGGGACGACGAGCGCGUGCUGGGCGCGACGCGGCGCAUGCUAGGCGAGAGCGGCUGGUACUGGGAGCGGCUGUCGUGGCGGCAGGCGGAGACGCUGCUGCAGAGCACGAGCCUCGGCACGUUCAUCGUGCGCGACUCGGCCGACACGCGCUUCCUGUACUCGCUAAGCGUGCAGACGGAGCGCGGCCCCACCAGCGUGCGUAUCCACUACGCGGCUGGCAAGUUCCGCCUGGACUGCGAGUCGCACAUGGCGCCUAGCAUCCCCGACUUCUCGACCGUGAUCGCGCUGGUGGAGCACUACAUCCGGGUCAACCAAAAGCUUCAGAAACACUUCUGGGUGGACGCGCAGGGCAAGGUGUACUGCCCCAUCACCAUCCGGCAGCCGCUGAAGAGGGCGGUGCCGUCCCUCAAGCACCUGUGCCGCCUGGCCAUCAACCUGGCGCUGCCCCGCUCCUGCAGCGCCGUGCGCCUGCCGCCCUCGCUGUGCCAGUACAUUGACGAGUACCCUUACUGGUGCUAAUGGCGGGCGGGCGGCGGGAACUCAGGGGAACGGCGGCGGCGGCGGCGGCGCGGAACGGCGACGGCGGCGGACGCUGUGCUAGUGAGCGACUGCAAAAGACUCCUUUCAAAAGCAGGACUUGAAACGCGUCCAGGGUUGUUCUCGUAGUGUCCACGAAAGCCGGGUAAAAUAGCAUGGAAGUUUUUACAUACGUCAUAAUAUUAAUAGUAAUGUAUUUUUUAAGGGAAAGUUGUCUACUGAUUCAAAUAAAGAAUAUAUAUAUAUUGAAGUUCAGUGUGGGUUCUAACUUUUCCCAAGAGUAAAUUCUUGAAAUGUGACCUGAGGAGAGAGAAAGCGAGUCAAACAUAUUUAGAAGACCAGCGCUUUUUUCACGUCUUGCAGAUUCAACAUUACCUGCAACACAACAGAAAGCUUCGCAGAUUGCAAAGCUGACGUAGUAGUACAUAUAACCGAAUUUUGAUAGUAAUCUUUUUAAAAAUAUUCAGGGAUUGUGGGUGUUUAUAUGGCAUUGGCUCGAGAUGCUGCAUUGAUGGUAGUUGUAGGAACUUGUACAUGGCAAUGUAAGAGCUUCCACAUAUUUAAGAGAAAAAUAAAUGAGAUUCAGAAAGAAUGAACAAAUAUUAAUUAUCAAACAGAUAACGUCUUUACCAGGCACUGUGAGUGAGCGCGUUACGUUACUUCGCGUCUUUUUGCCUUUUUUAUUUCUUUUCUCUUUUUUUUUUUGAAUAGACAAAAGUGAAUUGCAUUGAACUGCAAUGUGUUUAUGAAUAAAAGCGUAAGUUACUCCUCUGGAGCCAUCAGUUCAGAGCGUGGAAACAAAAGCAAUAAUGCAGGACUAUGAUUUCGCCAGAAUGACGCUGCUUUUUGCUCAUGUGAAAUUUGGGUGAUUUGUACCUCGAUUUCCUUUUUUGGAUUCAAAGGACUUCUAAGUUAUUUUUUGAAACGGAUGACGCAUGCUACUGUUGCAUAAUGCCCUGUAAAAAGUAUUUUCCUACUUGUGGAAUUAAAUUGUUUGUAAUUUUUUCUUUUUCUUCUUCUUCUUCUUCUUCUUUCGUUCCCAUAUCCAUUAGACCGUCAGAUAGACUAUUUUUGUUAUGCCACAUGAAAUGAAACGAGAGAGUUUAUCUCCUGCAAUUCUGUUUUGAAUGAUGCAAGCCCACUGCGGGCGAGGAAGGUGAAAACAGCGACGGUGUUCAUCAAGCUCCCUCCCCCCCCCCCCACCCUUAAACAGCCUUGUUCAAGGAGCGACGCCAAAAUCCUCCACAGGCCUCCUCAGCUCGACAGGUCUUCUCGUUUCGAAAAGCCAGCUCGAACCACAUCUCCAUUCGGUCCGAAGGCAGCCACUCAUUGUCUGCAGUUUAUGAGGAGGGCGAGGGGAGGGCCCAGCCGCGCCACAGCCAGGCAGUCGGUCGGUCGGUCGGUCGGUCGGGUUGGUCGGUGAGGCUCGGGCGCUCUCCUCGCUCCGACGUCGGCUUGCGUCCGCGUCAGGAGGCCGGUGCUUGCUCUUUUCCCCGGCGCUGACUCUUACACUCUCUCUCUCUCUUUCUCAAAACUAAUGCCGACUCUCGUGCUAGUUUAGAUAAGGAACUAACAGGAUCGUUUCAUUUUCCCUCUGGACAUGUCAUGGAUUUUUUUUUUAAGCUUAGAAGAUAGAAAGUAGGAAAGAGAGAAAGAAGAGGGAGUCCAAAGGGGAGAAGAGAGAGAGAAAACGGGUCUUGACGCGGACCAAGGCUGGGGUGACUGCAAAGAGCCGUGACUCCAAUAAUGCUUCCAUUCACAAGCUUGUAAAUAGUCUUUUGUAGAAAAAAAUAUAUAUAAAGAAAAAAGAGAGAAAAUUAUGAUAGUAAUUGUAAAUAAGUGACUUCCUAAAGUCUUAACAUAUCCAUCUUAUCGAUUUACAUUGGCUCUUCUUGCCAAAACAUAGAUUUAUAGUAUUUAUACGGUUUAUCCAAAAAAAAAAAAAAAAAAGGAAAAUUGUAUAAAAACUACACCAGAAUUACUCCAAGUAUCAUCAUCCUAUUCGUGCCAUCACCAAUGCGGUGUUUGACGAACUACUUGGCGCCAUGUUGACUUCGAGUAGUUGACUGGUCUUUGUACUGGGGCGACCGACCCGCGAUCCCUCCCCAGGGGAGUAGUUGGUUGGGAAAUCAUUGCUGGUGGUUCGCACCCACCACCACAUCCAAGUAUAGUCUUCACUAAAGGUCGUUUUCGUCGACUCUAAAGUAGAGUUAUCAGAGAGUGAAAAAAAAUGCAUCUACGAGGUGCCAAAUCAAAGAGCCUGGUUUUGUUACUACUAAUACACCCUUCUGUAUAGCACUCGGUGUGUAGGACUGUUUAAACAAAAGUGUACAGCAUGUUGCAGUAGCCGAGGUGGAAUCAGAUCCACUUCUUUUUGAGUGUAAAAAAAAAAAAAAAAACAUAAUAAUAA